AUGGCAUGGGUAUACUUCCAAGGAAACUAUGCGACCCCUGGAUCUUUGAGUUGCCUCAGACGCCAGCAUGAAAAUCAUAUCAGAGCCUUGCGGAAAGUGCGGCAGGAUGACUUAUUAGAAGUGAAAAGCACAAGUGACUGUGAAGUGAAUCAGGCUGCAGCGGCAAAUAUGAUCAGAAAGACAGAAGUGUGGGACUCAGGAACUUCUCAGGAGCUUGGGGCACAGAGGAGACUGAUACUCAUAGAAGAAUUAAGGUGGAUGGUGGGUAAACACGAAACAUCGGAGUUUGAAAAAAUCUGGGAAGGCUCCAUGCAAGCUCAGUUCCAGUUAGGGGCUUCUGUACUAGAAUCAAGCAUAACAAUGAUACAGACACUAGAUACUAUGAUUCGAGUUGUAUGCAAUCCGACCACAUGCAGUGGUAGGGAUGAUGUGGCUACUGGUGGCAAUGGAGGGGAUGGUGGAGGUGGAGGUGGUGGAGGUGGAGACAAUGGAGGAGGAGGUGGUGGUGGUGGUGGUAGUGGUAGUGGCAGUUGUUGGAGGUGGGAAUUCUCUGCCUCCUGUGGGUCCCCUGCUGCAGCAAUGGGUACAUAG